AUGGGAAGUGGUGAAGCCGAACUUACUGAUGUGGCCAACAAAGCCAAGCUGGGUGGGCCGUACGGAGAGGAGUUCGGGGACCUGGCGGACCUCGGCGCGUCCGAAGUGUCUCUCGACCUGCAGGCGUUCGUCAACGACCCGCACUUCAGCGACGGCAUCUUCCCCCGACAUCGUCGACGCCGGGCGGCGGUUCGAAGCGCGGUGGACCGCACAUCCGAGGAGUACCGCCGCCGCCGCGAGCGCAACAACGUGGCCGUGCGCCGCUCGCGCGAGAAGGCCAAGGUGCGCUCGCGCGAGACCGAGGAGCGCGUCAAGCUGCUGGCGCGGGAAAACGACGGGCUGCACAAGCGGAUCGAGAUCCUCUCUAAGGAGCUGAACGUGCUUAAGAACUUGUUCGCCAACGUGGGCGUGCUGCCCGACCAGCUGCACCGGGAGAUCGCCAAGCACCUGGGCGACGGCUUCAACCGGCCACAGCCUCCCUCCGGCUUGUGACAGUAGGCGCGGACUGAGGCGCGCCGCGUGCCGCCAGCACGUGCGGACGGGCGUCAAGGACGUGCAAUGGUCGCCGGCGUGCGGCCAGCGCGUGCAGUUGUGCGUGUAGGACGUGCGGUGGUUGCCGGCCGGCGGCCGGACGUGCCGUCGCACGGCCAGGACGUGCAAUGGCCGUGGGCGAACGGCCAGGACGGCGGCGGCCUCUGUGUGACACUAGUCUUGCUACUUGUUGUAGGCGGUGCGAGACGCGUUUGUUGUGCAUGUGGAUGAAGUCCUAUCGAGUUAUCGGAUCAUUACGAGUCAUCACGUACCUGUGUUCGUCCCGGGCGAGUGGAUGAGGGCGUCUGUUGAUACAUUACGCGUUUUAAUAUAGCUGGGCCGAUUA